CGACCUUCCGAUCGGCAAGCCCUAGGCUCAGUGGUUUAACCCACAGCGCCAAGUAGCACAGCUUAAAAGUGUCUCCUUCUUCUGUGUUACACAAUUCUGAUUGGCAAGCCCUAGGCUCAGUGGUUUAACCCACAGCGCCGAGUAGCGCAGCUUAAAAGUGUCUCCUUCUGUGUUACACAAUUCGUUUCCUGAAAGGAUGGGUGCCUGUCCACACAAGGAGGGCCUGUGCAACAUUUAAAAACAUUUCCAGACUUCUUGCAUUUGCUGGGUGCUUGCCAUCUCCAGUGUCUGCCUCACGUCCCCUGUGUGCUGCAAAGGAUUCUGGGACAUUCUGUCUGGCGCAUCCAUAGCACAGAUUUAAAGCACUCUUAUACCACUUUAACAGUCAUGGUUUCCCCCUUCCCCCAAUGAAUCGUAGGAACUGUAAUUUUCUGAAGGUGCUGACUUCACAGAGCUACCAUUUCCAGCUCCCUUAUCAAAGUUCAGUUCCCGGGAUUCUCCAUGACUGCUGAAAUGGGAGUAGGAAUGUUUUAAAAGUAUGGUGUGGAUAUGAUGUGUCAGUUUAUGUGGGGCAUCGGCUAAACUGCUUGGGGCUUGUUGUUUCCUCACAUAAAUACUAAGUUUGGCUUACUUCGACUCUGGGGUUGCGGCACUCAUCUCGCUUUCAGGCGGAGGGAGCCAGUGUUUGUCCACAGACAGCUUUCCAGGUCAUGUGGCCAGCAUGACUAAACUGCUUCUGGCGCAACGGGACACCGUGACGGAAGCCAGCGAACACAGAUACGCUGUUUUUAUAUACAUUUCGACCGAUGACCACUAGAGAAGAUAAGAAGAAAACAAAACACAGUGAAAUACAUCACACAAACUAUUACAUGUGGUGAUUAAAAACAAUGGAAGAUAUUAAAAGGCAACGAGAAAUAUAAAACAAUUUUAUUAAAAUGGCUUUAAGAAAAAGGAAAAGCAAGGUCAGGUGUUAAUAAUUCUAAAAUUAAGACGAGAUCCUGCAAUGACAAGGUAUUGCUGCCGCACACAAAAACCAGUGAUCUCAGGAAACUGGUCAGCCAAAAGAUUGGCAAACAGCUUAAGCAGCAGGAGCCGAGAUAGGCCUGGCUAUAUAAACUUUCCCAGGCAUCCUCCCUGGACCAAUCUCCCUUGCCAACUGUCCUUCAGCCAGAGCCAUCAGUCAUCCAUCCAUCGUGGUCAUGAUGAGGAGCCAGCUUUGCCUUCUCGUCUUCCUCCUCUGCUGCUUGUCUGCGGUGCAAGGCUCCAUCUGGGCAUGGAUGCACUCUCUGCCACACGCUGCCAAUGGGGUGCCACCUCGCAGGGACCCUGGGUCAUCAUCCGGCCAGGAGCUGGCGGCGGCUGUGUGCAGCCACGAAAUAAAGUGCCCCCGUGGAUUCUUCUGCGACCACCACUUUGGGCUCUGCCUGCCCUUCAGGCAAGAAGGUGAAUUCUGCCGACGGGAUGCCCACUGCGCCCUGGGACUUAGCUGCAUGUUUGGCAAAUGCCAGGAGACUCUGCCUGGCGGCCAGGAAGGUGCCCGCUGCCACCACGAUAAGGAUUGCUCUCCCGACGCCUGCUGCGCCCGCCAACAUGGGGAGAAAGUCUGCAAGAAAAGGCUCCUUUUAGAUGAAGGGUGCUAUGUUCCGGAAGGAGGGAUUGCAUUCAGCGUGAACCAGGUGUGCCCUUGCCUAGAAGGACUCGUGUGCAAAAAGAUGUCCCCUAACCGAGAGGCCUCAUUUGAAUACUGGUCGGAUAAAAUUGUCUGGAGAUGCCAAAAACAAUAGGCAAGCAAGGAGUGUGGAUUAAAAAAACAAAACAGAGCUGUAUUUAUUCCAUGUAAAUAAAACUGUACAUAAAACUGUUUUUGCCCUUCUCUUUCUAUUGGACAUUUGUAAAUAAAAAAUAUCUGAGUUGUCGCCAAGUAAUGCAAGGACCAAGUCAUUAAUCCCUCCCACACUCUGUAAUUUUUGUUUUUAUUUAAUGAAUAAUUUGUACAUGAAAAUAGUACUUGAAGUUCGUGAAUAUGCAGAUUUACAAU